AUGGAGCCACAUAUGAAACUAAAUGAGGAAACAAGAAAAUCACCUUCAAAGAGGCUUGUAAACAAGGUGGCAGUGAUAACUGGUGGUGCAAGAGGAAUAGGAGCAGCCACAGCAAAAUUGUUUGCAGAAAAUGGAGCACAUGUUGUGAUUGCUGAUGUUCUUGAUGAUCUUGGUGCCUCACUAGCUGAAUCCGUUGGUGGAAGAUUCAUACACUGUGAUGUGUCAAAGGAACAAGAUGUUGAAUCAGCCAUUAACCUUGCAAUCUCAUGGAAGGGACAAUUACACAUAAUGUUCAACAAUGCUGGAAUUGCAGGUGUUGAUGGAAGCAUUACAAGCCUUGACAUGGAAGAUGUGAAACACUUGUUAUCCAUAAACCUCAAUGGAACCAUACAUGGAAUCAAACAUGCUUCUAAGGCUAUGAUCAAUGGCCAAAAAGGAGGGUCCAUCAUAUGCACCUCAAGUGCCUCAUCAAUCAUGGGUGGUUUAGGUGCCCAUCCAUAUACUUUGUCCAAAGCAGCAAUUGAUGGUUUGGUGAGAAGUGCUGCUUGUGAGUUAGGAGUGCAUUUGAUUAGAGUUAAUAGCAUAUCUCCACAUGGUGUUCCCUCAGAGAUGCUUCUAAGUGCUUUUAAAAGGUUUGGGAGAGAGAUUACCCCCCAAGAAUUGAAGGACUAUAUUGGGAAGAAUGCAAGUUUGCUCAAAGGGAAAGGUUCAACUGCUGAAGAUGUGGCACAUGCUGCUCUCUUCUUGGCUAGUGAUGAAUCUUCCUUCAUAACUGCACACUCUUUGAAAGUUGAUGGAGGCUACACUUCUGCUUUUGGUCACAUGAGUUUCAUCUAUCAAGAUCUAAAUUCACUGUAA